AGAGGAUUCUCUUGCUUUCUUACAUCUCUUUUCCCCCCCCCAAUCGCCAUACAUAACCCAUCCCUCUCUCUGCUGCUCCUCUCAUUUAUUUACGUGUUCUUUCUGUUCUUCAUCCUUACUGCACUGCACUGGCCUCCCUCUCAAAAUCCCUAUGCGGCUUGCACGAGAUUAACCCACGAGCCGCAGCCGAGACAAGCCCUCGACCAAGACAACCUCGGAUACCGUGACUAUGGAGGCCCAGAUGGAUAACGACACUCGCGGCUGGGUCAUGUGCGUGACGAGUGGUGUUGCUUGUGUAAUUGGAGCCAGUAUCAUAUGCAUCGAUAAGCUCGUAUGCCAGAUCCCCAGCCAGAGGAACUUCAAGAUACAAGAGAGCAAUGCCUUCCUCGCAUCGUCCUUGAGCUUGAGUUUUGGCGUCAUGAUCUUCUCUGCCCUGAACAACAUGCUGCCGUCAUCAAAGAGGUAUCUCAUGGAGGGUGGCUUGUCGGGAUCGGCUGCUAGCUGGGUGUUGCUGGCUUGUUUCAUUGGCGGCGUGCUUGGGAUACAGACUGUGUCGAGAUGUCUUCACCACUUUAUCCCCUCCCACGCCGUUAAUUGCGACCACACUCAUGAAGAGAUCGCCCAUGAUGAUAGUCGACCCCAAAAGCGAGGACGGUCCCACCCUGGUAGCCGCGGCCGGUCGCUGGGCAGUGCAAAUGGGAAAGCUUCAGAGUUUACGCCACUUCUCUCUUCUGAAAACGGAGGGAUUUCGAGGCCAUUGAUACCGAAGAGAGGUGUUUCGCAAGUCGAUGGAUCAUCCCAGAAUCGCUCUCUGGAAGCCCCUAGAGUUACAGAGCGCAGGCCCUCAAUGAUUGAGGUCCCACAGCGAAUCCUGUCAUUCGUCAAGGACACCAAGAGCAAUUGCGAUGAGGAGGGACCGUGUUAUGGAUACACUGAUCCGUGUGGUCAAGGGUGCCUCAUGCGUCUCGGUCCUAAAGCACCUACUGUGCUCCGCGUCGCGAGUAGCAACAGAGGUUCAAUUCCAGUCGCGUCUAUCCUUGACGGGCAAGAUCUCGAUCAUGCAGCAAGUCAAGGAACUGCCUCCGAAAGAACCACGAGAGAGCAUUCGCCCGAGCUAAUCGAUGAGACCUGCGAGCUAGACAAGACAGAUCUCGAGGCGCAGCACCAUCACCACGUGCCGGAAAAUGCCUUCAUGAGUAUAGGUCUCCAAACCUCUAUCGCCAUCGCCCUCCACAAGCUCCCGGAAGGGUUCAUCACGUACGCCACGAACCACGUGAAUCCGACACUCGGGUUCUCCGUAUUCACGGCUCUGUUCAUCCACAACAUCAGCGAAGGUUUUGCCUUGGCACUCCCGCUAUUCCUCGCAUUACAUAGUCGUGUGCGGGCGAUUUUCUGGGCUUUUAUCCUCGGUAGCGUAAGCCAACCCGUCGGUGCAGGCAUCGCGGUUGCGUGGUUCAAGAUUGCAGGCCGUGGGGGCCUCGUGCCAGGCUCGGUCGUCUAUGGUGGCAUGUUCGCCGUCACAUCUGGCAUCAUGGCUAGCGUGGCGUUGACGCUGUUAUUGGAGGGGUUGAGCCUGAACCAUAACAGCAAUAUGUGUAUUACAUAUGGGUUCGCGGGGAUGGCCAUCAUGGGCAUAAGCAAUGCCCUUACUGCCUCAUGAGCAGAUUGUAUGGAUUAUGAUUGAAACGCUGCUUACGUAGAUAGAUGAUAUUGAUACGACUGGGAUUGGGAUUGGCUGGUUUAGGUGUUGGGCACAAGGCUGGCUGGCGAUUGGCGAGGGUAUACGGGCUAUUAGAAUUCAAUCGCCAGAAUUCAAAGUAUUUCUCAUCCACCACAGAGACACUGAGUGAAACUUUGUAUACCUAGGUACCUAG